GACUGGCCACGUGUGGGGCAUGCCCUGCAGGGGCCACUAAAACGUCUGCUCUCCCCAAGUGUGCACCACAAAAGCACUCCACCCCACCACCCCCCCUUCCUCCCCCCCUGGUGCUUCUCCUUCCUGCCUUCCCCACAGGGCCUGCUACGCGCCACCCCAUUGUCUCAUCCACAAGCUUCUCCCUCUUCACACUUCCAGCCUUCCUCAUAGUGCACUUGAAAUCUCACCACCCUGUGUUGCCACCCCCUUGCCCCUUAACGCCCUACACUACGCAUACACCAUGUAUAAACCAUCCUUCUUCCCCAUAUCCCCCUCCCUUUGCAGGCGCCACACCCACCGUAUCCUCCACAAGCUUCACCUUCUAUGAUCAGCCCAACUUCACCAUCACUCGCUUCACAUCCACCAUGCGGAUCAACUGGGAUGGCUGCACAGACAUCACUCUCCCCCGCGCCACUGAUGUCCUGUCCUACACCCGCAUAGAGCCUGCUCCUGGAGGGGGAUAUCCGCCACAGGGGUACCCGCCUCCCGCCGGCUAUCCCCCUCAAGGAUACCCGCCUGCCGGCUACCCGUCUGGUUCUGCGUACUCCGCACCCCGCGGCUACCCAGCUGGUAAUGUGGCUCACGUGUAUGUGGGUCGCCCCAAUCACAAGUUUAAGGGGAGGAAGUUCAAGGGUUUCAUUGGCAAGCGCAAAGGUGUUUUCCUUGGCAAACGCAAGGGGUUCAUUGGCAAAAGGAAGGGGUUUAUUGGCAAGAGGAAAGGGUUAUUUGGCAGGAGGAAAGGGUUCUUCAAGUAA